GGUUUUGGGUUGAUUCCGUGAAUGGGAAGCACCACCGGCAGGGGCGGAUCUACUCUAUGUAACCAGUGAAAAAAUUUAUCUAUAUGUAUAUAUAAUAUUUUUUAAGAUUUUGUAUAUAAUUGCCCCCCAUAAAAAAUAUAAUCUGCCCCCAGUCCAUUAAACAAAUUAGCCAAACCAAAUAAAUUCUAGCCCAACGCCUCAAAUUCUCAAAAGUAAAAAUUGCAUAAAGAUCCUAUCCCAAAAGUGGCCCAAAUUCUCAAAAGUAAAAAAUUCACUCCCAAUCCCAAAAGUGACCCUUCCCCUUCGCACAAACUCCUUGGAGCUGAGGCUUGAGCAGGCCGAUCGGUGAUUGCACAAUAUGAUUAUCGGACAAUAAUCGCACAAAUACACAGGAGCACAGCCGCCCCAGUUUCCGCCGCCACUGUCUCCAAGCGUUUCGAAGCUCGUGAAGUCGUGCUUUACUGCUCUCGGCGCUCCAAUCAGGUGAGAAGAGAUUUAUGGGACAAGCUUUCCUCUCUUUCUGUAUGUAAACCGUGGGCUAUUUUGGGUGACUUCAAUUCUGUCCUGGCUUCUAACGAAAGGGUCAACUGCUUCAGUCAGGGGGCCUAUUACUUUAAUGAUCUGCUUCAGUUUAGAGCUACUAAUGGACUUAUGGAUGCACCUUCUGAUGGGUUGUUCUUUACUUGGCACAAAGGCAAUAAACUGGCCAGGCUUGAUCGGGUCUUAUUGAACCAUUCUUGGGGAGAUAUUGGCCUUGAUUGUAAAGCCAAUUUUCUGGAUAUGCAGCCUCAAUCCGACCACUGCCCAGUACUGCUUGCUCCUUGUACCACACGUACCUGCAAAUCUAAGCCAUUUAAAUUCUUUAAUAUGUGGACGAAGCAUGAAAGGUUCCAACAGAUUGUUUCUCGAGUUUGGAAUCAAAGAGUUUCUGGUACUAAACAGUUUGUUCUCACUUCCAAGCUUCUCUAUCUCAAACACCCUCUCAAAGAACUCAAUAGGGCUGAGUUUGGGCAUAUCUCCAAUAGGGUUUCCUUGGCCAAGGAGGAGUACAAAGCUUUAGUAAAAAGGCUUAUGGAUGACCCAAAUAACCAGGAUUUGGUUCGUUUGGUUAAUGAAUGAAGAAGGCAGACCAAUUUCCUUUUGGAGGCAGAGAUGGACUUCUAUAAGCAGAAGGCUAAAUGUGAUUUCCUCACUAAAGGGGAUAGAUGCACGAAGUAUUUUUACUCAGUGGUGAAGAAGAAGAGGGGUGCCAACGCCAUUCCUUACCUGGUACGUGCUGAUGGUUCUAAAACCACCUCUCAAACCGAGGUUGCUGAUUCCUUUGUUGAGUUUUUCAUUGGGCUGUUUGGCACGGACAGUGAGGUUGAACCCAUUCUCCCUGACAUCUUGGCCUCUGGUCCCUUGGUUCCGGCCAGUUCCUGGGACAAUCUUUUGGCACCUGUCACCCCAGCCGAGGUCAAGGAGACCUUGUUUAACAUUGGAGAUGAUAAGGCCCCUGGUCCUGACGGGCUCUUGAAUAUGAAGGUGAAGACUGCUCCUUUUCAUUUCCAUCCUGAUUGUGCCAAGCUCGGUAUAUCUCACCUUGCUUUUGCGGAUGACAUUAUGCUUUUCUCGAAAGGUGAUUUCACUUCUGUCCACACUCUGAUGGAGGCUCUUAAACACUUCUCAAGUGUCUCGGGUCUUUAUCUUAAUCCCACAAAAUCCAAUAUUUUUGUGGCUGGGAAGUAUAGAGAUUGUAGCCAGGAAACUGAUUUCGCAGUGGGGCAGCUGCCAGUCAGGUAUCUUGGGUUGCCUUUGGCCUCUCAAAGGCUUAAGGAAACUGAUUUCGCCCCUCAUUAAAAAAAUUGAUAGAUUCCUACGCAAUUGGGCUACGAAUAAAUUGUCUUACGCUGGGAGAAUUGAGCUGAUUAGGGCAGUCACACAAGGUGUGGAGUCAUUUUGGCUCCAAGCCUUCCCCACCCAAAAAUCAGUACUUAACAGGAUUAUUGGCUUCUGCCGUAACUUUCUUUGGGGGAGUAAGUUCGCCAAAGUUGCUUGGGCUGAUAUUUGCAAGCCAAAAAAUGAGGGGGGACUGGGCUUAAAAGAACCCGUCAUGUGGAAUAAUGCUUUGUUGUGUAAAGUCCUGUGGAACAUUGCGGCAAAAAAGGACUCUUUGUGGGUGCGUUGGGUCAAUUCAGUAUAUCUUAAUGGCAGGUGCUUGUGGACCUGGAGUCCUAAGAAAAGGGACUCUUGCCUUUCCAAAAAACUGGCAGAGAUUAGAAGUUUGCUUCUCACGAAGCUUGGUGAACCCCCGGCUCCAGAAACUGCCCUUCAACCCUUCUGUGUGAACGGUAAGCUUCUAUCGGGGAAAAUUUAUGAUUUGUUUAGGAUUCAUGCCAACCCGAAGCCGUGGAUGGGAUUCAUAUGGCAGCCCUACAUUUCACCAAAAUGUUCAUUCACUCUAUGGCUUGCUUUCCGUAGACGACUCCCUACAAAGGUUACUCUUGAAUUCCUUGAUGAGAGCAUUUCAAGAGUAUGUUCCCUUUGUGGUGUCGGCUUGGAAACCACAAGCCAUCUGUACUUUGAGUGCACUGUCACUGGACAGAUUUGGAGAUAUCUUUGUGCUUGGAUGGGUGUUGAAGCUCAACUGACCGCUUUGGACAGAGCCCUCCGCUGCUUACGCACAUACAGGAAGGGAGACGCUGCAAAGAAGAAGAUGCGGAAGCUUGCCUUUGCCUGCACCACUUUCAUGGUUUGGAAAGUUCGGAAUGAGGUUUCCUUUGA